AUUGAAUUGAAAAUUCUCAAUUUUGGAUGUAACAGGGGAAAUUUUUUGGACAUUCUCCUGUUUUAUAAAAAUCAUCAUGAAUUCAGUGGCUGGAAAUAAAGAGAGAAUUUCAGUCACAACCAGAAGCAGGAAAUAUGGGGUGACCGAGCCCUGCUCCCCCACCAAGCCCGCGGCCCCCUUCUCGCCCGAGAGCUGGUACCGGAAAGCGUACGAGGAAUCCCGGGCUGGGAGCCGCCCAGCCCCCGAGGGAGCCGGCUCCGUCCUGGGCUCGUCCGGCACCCCGUCCCCCGGAUCGGGCACCUCCUCGCCGGGCUCCUUCAGCGGCUCGCCGGGUCCUGCCUCCCCGGGCAUCGGCAGCAGCUCGCCGGGCUCGCUGGGGGGCUCCCCGGGCUUCGGCACGGGCUCGCCGGGCUCUGGCAGCGGGGGCGGCUCCUCGCCGGGCUCUGGCAGCGGGGGCGGCUCCUCGCCGGGCUCCGGCAGCGGGGUCUGGUGCGAGAACUGCAACGCCCGCCUGGUGGAGCUGAAGAGACAGGCCUUGAAACUGCUCAUCCCCGGGCCCUUCAGCAGCAAGGACCCAGCUUUCUCUUCGGUGAUCCAUGACAAACUCCAAGUUCCCAACACCAUUCGGAAGGCAUGGAACGAGAGGGACAACAGAUGCGAUGUUUGUGCCACCCACCUGAACCAGCUGAAGCAGGAGGCCAUUCAGAUGGUGCUGACACUUGAGCAGGCUGCCAACACCGAACAGUAUGAUGCCUCACCAGGCUCUCCCCCACCCCUCUCCAAUAUUCCCACCUUAGUGGGCUCCCGACAUAUGGGCAGCUUGCAGCCCAGAGACUGGGCAUACAUGCCCACUUCCUACACUACUGCUAAUUACACCGGCUUUGUGGCCAACAAGCACAGUGGGAAGCCCAACAGCCUGGGGAUCAUCAAUGGGUUGGAGAAGAAAAAUGGUUCCCCUGGACACCAGGCCAAGGUCAGCCUACAAAUGGCUACCAGCCCCAGCAAUGGCAACAUCCUAAACUCUGUAGCUAUCCAGGCUCAUCAGUACCUUGACGGCACCUGGUCCUUGUCGAGAACAAAUGGGGUCACCCUGUAUCCGUACCAGAUCUCCCAGCUGAUGACAGAGACUAGCCGAGAGGGGCUGACUGAAGCAGUGCUGAACCGCUACAAUGCAGAUAAGCCCUCCUUGUACAGCUUCCCUGGUUCCCAGAGCACCUAUGUCGCCAGUGAAACGUCAACGGGCACCUCAGUGGCGGCCUCUUUUUUUGCCAGAGCUGCUCAAAAGUUGAAUCUGUCGUCCAAAAAGAAGAAACAUAGGCCAUCUACAUCAUCUGCGUCUGAAUCGCCUCUCUUCUCUACCAACUUCAGCAGUAUCCUUCAGACUUCCCCACCCCCCGCACCACCAUGUUUGCUGAGGGCAGUCAACAAAGUGAAAGAUACCCCAGGGUUGGGCAAGGUGAAAGUCAUGGUGCGCAUUUGUUCCACCCUUGCCAGGGAUACAUCUGAGUCAAGCUCCUUCUUAAAGGUUGAUCCCCGUAAGAAGCAAAUGACUCUGUAUGACCCAUUGUCCUGUGGAGGCCAGAACCCCUUCCAGAAAAGGGGCAAUCAGGUUCCCCCCAAGAUGUUUGCUUUUGAUGCAGUUUUCCCCCAAGAUGCAUCUCAGGCUGAAGUGUGUGCUGGGACUGUGGCUGAGGUGAUCCAGUCAGUGGUGAAUGGGGCAGACGGCUGCGUAUUCUGCUUUGGCCAUGCCAAACUGGGAAAAUCAUACACCAUGAUUGGAAAAGAUGAUUCCAUGCAGAACCUAGGCAUAAUCCCCUGCGCCAUCUCAUGGCUCUUCAAGCUGAUUAAUGAACGGAAAGAGAAGACAGGGGCCCGCUUCUCAGUCCGGAUCUCUGCAGUGGAAGUGUGGGGGAAAGAAGAAAAUCUGAGGGACUUACUGUCAGAGGUAGCUACAGGCAGCCUGCAGGAUGGUCAGUCCCCUGGUGUCUACCUUUGUGAGGACCCAAUCUGUGGCAUGCAGCUUCAAAACCAGAGUGAGCUCCGUGCCCCCACUGCGGAGAAGGCUGCCUUCUUCCUCGAUGCAGCGAUAGCCUCCCGCCGAAGCAACCAGCGAGACUGUGAUGAGGAGGACCACAGGAACUCGCACAUGCUCUUCACUCUGCACAUCUACCAAUACCGCAUGGAGAAGAGCGGCAAAGGUGGCAUGUCUGGAGGUCGCAGCCGCUUACAUCUCAUUGACCUGGGUAGCUGUGUGAAAGUGCUCAGCAAAAAUCGAGAGGGAGGCUCCGGACUCUGUCUUUCGCUGUCAGCACUCGGCAAUGUCAUCCUUGCCCUCGUCAAUGGCAGCAAACACAUCCCAUACAAAGACAGCAAGCUCACCAUGUUGCUCCGGGAGUCCCUGGGGAACAUGAACUGCCGUACCACUAUGAUAGCUCACAUUUCGGCAGCGGCAGGGAAUUACGCUGAAACACUGUCCACCAUCCAGGUUGCAUCCCGGGUCCUGAGGAUGAAGAAAAAGAAAACUAAGUACACAUCAAGUUCUUCUGGAGGUGAAAGCUCCUGUGAAGAAGGAAGAAUGCGGAGGCCAACCCAGUUGAGACCCUUCCAUUCUAGAAAUGUAGUUGACCCAGACUUCCCUAUUCUGCACCUAUCAAGUGAUCCUGAUUAUUCUUCCAGCAGCGAACAGUCCUGUGACACAGUGAUUUAUGUUGGCCCCAAUGGCACAGCCCUCUCUGAUAAGGAACUGACAGAUAAUGAAGGCCCCCCUGAUUUUGUCCCUAUAGUUCCUGCUCUGCAGAAGACCAAAACUGAGGGCAAACUGGAGGAAGUGAGUGAGACCGACUCCAGCACAUCUGAAAGAGACUGCCUGAAGUGCAACACCUUUGCUGAGCUUCAGGAGAGGUUGGACUGUAUUGAUGGCAGUGAGGAGAGCAACAAAUUUCCAUUUGAAGAGCUGCCUGUUCAGUUUAGCGCAGAUCACAUGUCUAAGUGUCCUAUGCCAAGCCAAGUGGCAGGUCUCAGUCAUUUAUCAGCAUCAGAUAAGGAAGAUGCCACCGCCGACUGUCAGCAACCUGAGAAGGAAGUCAGGGAAAAUAUAAAUGCAACAACCAGCAAAAUUCAGAGAAAUCACUCCCCUGUUCCUUCUGGAGCUCUCACUAACGUUUCAACUCCUCCUUCUCCUAGGAGUGUAACUGGCAGCUCUAGUAAUCAGCUUAGCUCUUCCCAGUUAGCCCAUAGCGCAAGUCUGCAGAGCAGCAGAGAGAGCCUCAAUACCUGUGGCUUUGUAGAAGGCAAGCCUAGGCCAAUGGGUUCACCGCGGCUUGGCAUUGCGAGCCUCUCCAAAACAUCAGAGUACAAGCCACCAACUUCUCCUUCCCAGAGAUGCAAGGUUUACACCCAGAAAGGGGUAUUGCCCAGCCCUGCACCAUCACCCCUGAGCAAGGACUCUGGAAUGGUGUCUAGCGAAUCUUUGCUGCAGCCAGAGAUCCGGACCCCUCCAGUGGGAAUGAGUCCUCAGAUCUUGAAAAAGUCAGUAUCCUCUAGCAGUGGGGAUUUUGGAGAGACUAUUCUCGAUGAAGAGCAGGAACAUAAUAUUUCACCAGAAUCAAAGAAGGAGAUUCUGAGUACCACCAUGGUCACUGUGCAGCAACCGUUAGAGCUGAAUGGAGAGGAUGAGCUGGUGUUCACCCUGGUUGAAGAACUAACUAUUAGUGGGGUCCUUGAGAAUGGACGCCCGACCAGCAUCAUCAGCUUUAACAGUGACUGUUCUGUGCAGGCUUUGGCCUCUGGGUCUAGGCCAGUUAGUAUUAUCAGUAGCAUUAGUGAAGACCUCGAGUGUUACUCCAAUGCAGCUCCUGUUUCUGAGGUCAGCAUCACACAAUUUGUGCCGCUUCCAAAAUUAGGAUUGGAUGACAAAGCCCGGGAUGCCAGCAGCAGACGCUCAUCCAUUAGCUCGUGGCUGAGUGAAAUGAGUACAGGGAGUGAUGGUGAACAAUCAUGCCACAGUUUCAUAGCCCAGGCAUGCUACGGGCAUGGUGAGGCUAUGGCAGAGCCCCCUAUUUCUGAGUUUGCAGGUGCCAUACAGAAUACUAGCAUGAUUUGUGUAAAUGACCAGCAAAAUCCAGUGACUGACAAUUUGCUCAUACUGUCAGAAAUGGGGGAGGAAACUUUCAGUAAAGUCCCACCCCUCAAGGGUUGCAAAAUAUCAGCCCUGGGGAAAACCACUGUCACAAUCUCAAACACAGCAAGCCUAAGCGGUUGUGAAGGCUACAUCCCAAUGAAGACCAACAUUACUGUUUAUCCAUGUAUUGCUGUUAGUCCUUUUAAGGCACAAGAGACUGAUGAGGCCACAUCUGCAGUAACUUCAGCUGCUAAAGUUGCUCAACCCCAUGAGGAGAAAGAGUCUAUUGUUAGGAAGGAUAUUAAAUUUGAAGACCCUUGGCUAAAGAGGGAAGAUGAUGUGAAAAAAGAACGCUCUGGGGCCAGCGAUGGGCCAAGGCUGGAAACUGCAAUUGGUCCAGCCAAGCCUGAGCAGAACAAGAAACAGAACUCAGCUGACAGGUUUAGUAGCAGCAGUGGGGAGACCUCUAGCUCCCCAGGUUCUGAUCCGCUGAAGAGGAUUGUGGAUGGGUGUGAGAUGGCACUUCCAAGUUCUGCAACCCAGAGCCCUGUUCAUUCCCUGGAUGCUUUGAAGAAUGGCAGUCCCCCUAGGGUGCUCCAGAAGGUCAGCAAGCAGGAGGAAAUUGAUGCUGUCCUAUAUCACUGUGCUGCUGAGAACAAUGGAAUGAGUUCUCCUUCUCUUUCCCAGUCUUGUAAGGCUUCCCUAGAAAGAAGAAUCGCUUCUCCCAAGCACUGCGUUCUCGCUCGCCCCAAAGGAACUCCUCCGCUGCCUCCUGUGAGAAAAUCAAGCCUGGAUCAGAAGAACAGGGCCAGCCCUCAGCAUAGCGCUUGUAGCAGCAGCACGAGCAGUCCAUCCAACCAACCGGUGUCUUUUCCAGCCAGCUUGCCUGAUGAGCUGAAUGGGAAGCAGAAGGGCUCCAGCAUUGACACCAGUAACAAUAGUAGCAGCAAGUUAUUUAGUGCCAAACUUGAACAGCUAGCCAGCAGGACCAAUUCCCUGGGCAGGUCCACAGUGAGCCACUAUGAGUGUUUGUCAUUGGAAAGGGCAGAAAGCCUAUCUUCAGUAAGCUCCAAAAUGAGCCCUGGAAAAGAUACCACCAUGCCUAGGGCUGGGAGGAGCCUCAGCCGCAGUGCGGUGUCCUCACCGACAAAUUCAGGCAUAUCCCAGUCUGCGGGUGCCUCACCAAAGGCCAGCCAAUCGAAGAUAUCCGCAGUUAGCAAACUCCUUUUGGCAAGUCCCAAAGCGCGAAGCUUGUCUGCUUCCACCACCAAAACAUUAAGCUUUUCUACCAAGUCUCUGCCUCAGUCUGUGGGGCAGAGUUCAAGUUUGCCUCCCAGUGGGAAGAACAUGUCCUGGUCAACCCAGUCCCUUAGCAGAAACAGAGGCUCUGGUCUUGCUUCAAAACUGCCCCUCAGAGCUGUCAAUGGACGGAUUUCCGAACUGCUCCAAGGGAGCACAAGUGCCAGAGGUUUACAAAUGCGUGGAAACUCGGACACAGAUGAGCGAGGUGGCCUUCAUGGAGAUGAGAAACCAGCUGUUCAUAUGCUGCCUUCACCCUACAGCAAAAUCACCCCUCCGCGGAAGCCUCACCGCUGUAGCAGUGGUCAUGGAAGUGACAACAGCAGUGUCCUGAGUGGGGAGCUGCCACCAGCCAUGGGGAAAACAGCCCUAUUCUACCACAGUGGGGGAAGCAGUGGUUAUGAGAGUAUGAUGAGAGACAGCGAAGCAACAGGGAGUGCUUCUUCAGCGCAAGACUCUAUGAGUGAGAACAGCAGCUCUGUCAGCGGGAGGUGCCGAAGUCUCAAAAAUCAAAAGAAACGCUCAAACACAGGUUCUCAGAGACGAAGACUCAUACCGGCUUUGUCACUCGAUACAACCUCCCCGGUCAGGAAACCUGCCAACAGCCCAGGGGUCCGUUGGGUAGAUGGCCCACUGCGAAGUGCACAGAGGGGAAUGGGUGAACCCUUUGAGAUCAAAGUCUAUGAGAUAGAUGAUGUGGAGAGACUCCAACGUCGACGAGGGGGGGAUAGCAAGGAGCUGAUAUGCUUCAAUGCCAAGCUGAAAAUCCUGGAGCAUCGCCAGCAGAGGAUUGCUGAGGUCAGGGCCAAGUACGAGUGGUUAAUGAGGGAACUGGAGGUGACCAAACAGUACCUGAUGCUGGAUCCUAAUAAAUGGCUUAGUGAAUUCGACCUGGAGCAGGUAUUCGAGUUGGAUUCCCUGGAGUAUUUGGAGGCCCUGGAGUGCGUGACUGAGCGUCUGGAAAACCGCGUCAACUUCUGCAAGGCCCACCUCAUGAUGAUCACCUGCUUUGACAUCACUUCCAGACGUCGAUAAAGGACCAAGCUUGAGAAAAUUUCAAACUACUACCCCCCUCUUCCUGCUCCUUUUAAACAGCACCCCAAAGACAACAGAAUGAGGAUGAAGAUAUCAUUGUAGGACACAAAAUGGAUCAUUCAGAAAUAUUUAUUACCUUAUUACUGGAAUACCCCAAAAUUCUGCAAGCCGCACCCUGGCUAUCCCACACUUCUUAGCAGGUGCCAACAUAAAUGCUACUCUUAACUUGAUUUUAAAAGACAAUAGGAAGUAUCUUACUUCUCCAUGUGCAACUUAAUAGAAUGCCAAGAUUUGCAUACUGGAACAUCUUUUCAAAUGACUGGAAUGACAAGAUGUGAGAAGCACAUCCAGCCAUCCUGGAUCUGUGCAUUCGCUGGAUGUUUCAGUGACAGUGUUAUAAAACUGGGUUGUGGAGUGGACAAGCUGAUUUAUACCGGGCCUAAGAAUGGAAACGUCCAGAAGAAGAUGGAUCAGUAGCAGAUAUAUAUUUUAUCAGCUAAAUGUUAUUAGAAUGGAAAGAUGAAACAGACAGCAUGAGGACAAGUUAAGAAUCCAGAAAGUUGCAACCAUUUGCAAGCUGAUCAUAUCUGAAUACAUUGAGCCAUUUGCCAUUAAAAAUGUAAAGUUUACUGUU